CAUCACAUUCAAUCGCAACGUUGAACAGUCAAGAUCCACUGAACUCUACGACUUCAAAUAAACUGCAAAAAUGGCCUACGAAACUCUGCUGAACACCACCUACAGCCCUGUGGCCUGCCAGAAGAAGACCUACACCCCCAAGAAGGCCGUGAAGAAGCUCUUCAAGGUGGCCUGCAAAAUCUUCAAGUCCUCGGGACACCAGUCUCUAAAGAACACCAGCAUCACCGCUCCCGUUCCAAAGGACCUUCCUCAGCCCGCCUCCGAUGAGGAGUUGGAAAACUCCCUCAAUGAGCAACUGGAAGCCGAGCUCGUCCAACUGUGAUCGCGGAACUGGACCAACUCCAGAUCCCACAUCCUGAACAGCUUUAACCAGACUCCUCCGGAAUCGGUCUCUAAACAUCCGCAUCAGCUUUAACUCCACGAUCCAAGUGGAAAUCUUAAAAUGCAUAAACAACCAGCUUUAAUCACUGUCUUCCAUCUAUGCUUAAGAGUAUGAAUAAAUACAUAGCAUUAAUAUUGAAAAA